GUUCACAGCCAUGGCUCUCUCAUAUCAGGUGACAAUGUGGAAAAGUUGGACAGUGAGCGCGGCGUAAGAAAAGAGACAAGCGACCCGAGAGCGAAAACAGGCGAAGGAAGCUCAGCAUGACGAGCCGGCGGGUCUCACAGUUUAGCGGGGACGACGACGAGGAGGACGACGACAAAGCUUUGGGAUAUUACGACGAGGACGAGGACGACCUAGAAGCGUUUUCGGACGGAGGUCUGGGCUGCGAGGACGGAGAGUUGGGAUUCAGUGAUUCUCUCAAUGGGGAGGUGAAGCCACGCAUCCUGCUGAUGGGCCUGCGGCGAAGUGGCAAGUCAUCCAUCCAGAAGGUUGUUUUCCACAAGAUGUCUCCCAACGAGACUCUCUUCUUGGAGAGCACCAACAAGAUCUGCCGUGAGGACGUUUCCAGUAGCUCCUUUGUCAGCUUCCAGAUCUGGGAUUUUCCUGGACAGAUCGACUUCUUUGACCCUACCUUCGACUACGAGAUGAUAUUCAGAGGCACUGGAGCACUAAUCUUUGUCAUUGAUUCACAGGACGACUAUGUGGAGGCGUUGAGUCGAUUGCAUCUCACGGUGACCAGAGCAUACAAAGUCAAUCCAGACAUCAACUUUGAGGUGUUCAUCCAUAAAGUGGAUGGCCUGUCAGAUGACCAUAAGAUUGAGAAGCAGAGGGACAUUCACAAACGUGCCAAUGAUGACCUAACAGAUGCAGGCUUGGAGCGAAUACAUCUCAGCUUCUACCUAACCAGUAUCUAUGACCACUCCAUAUUUGAGGCUUUCAGUAAAGUGGUCCAGAAGCUCAUCCCACAGCUGCCUACACUGGAGAACCUACUCAACAUCUUCAUAUCUAACUCUGGUAUCGAGAAGGCCUUUUUAUUUGAUGUGGUCAGUAAGAUUUACAUCGCCACAGACAGCAGUCCAGUGGAUAUGCAGACGUACGAGCUGUGUUGCGACAUGAUUGACGUGGUCAUUGACAUCUCCUGCAUCUACGGUCUGACUGAUGAUGAAGCUGGCUCACCCUAUGAUAAGGAGUCUAUGGCCAUCAUCCAUCUGAACAACACUACAGUAAUGUACCUGAAGGAGGUCACCAAGUUUCUGGCAAUGGUCUGCUUCCUCCGUGAAGAGGGCUUCGAGAGGAAAGGACUCAUUGACUACAACUUCCACUGUUUCAAGAAAGCCAUACAGGAAGUCUUUGAUGUCCGUAUCAAGGUUCAACAGAAUCGCAAACUCCUCAAUCAGAGGAGGUGGAGCAAACAGACUGUGACCAAUGGAGGCCUCACCAACCCACACUGAGAGCUGGUGACCUCGCAUAUCAGUCACCCAGCUGUAACUGAGCUUAACUCCUAAGAUUAUCCCAUUCAGCUUAGCCAUUAGGUGAUAAGAACAUCAGCCCAAAAAAAAUCAUCUGUGGUUCCCUGGUUGAUCACUGACUCCAGCGCUCCAUGCUGACAGCAUACAUUACACUGAGUCAUAGUAAGCCAGAAGCAUUAUCUCAAAACUAAGAAAAUCAGAACUUGUAAACUCCUCUGUAAACAGUAUAUGUCCCAUCAGACUUGCGCCACUUGGUUUAUUUCCAUACAAAGUGAACGCUGUGAGCACUGAGAGACAAAUCACUACAAAUCGCUGUGCAGUAGAUGGAUAAGUGGAUCGUCUGAAAUAGGGUUACCCUAAAAUAAACCUGAUAAAAUCAGCUAUAUUCAUUUAAUUAUAUUUUGUUUUCAAGUGUAUCAAAUCCACAGGUCAUAUGAAGACCAUGAGCCACUUUUUAUUAAUAAAGACCUGUUUAGUCUUUAAGGAAAAUGUUAGUAGCCUGUGUGUGUUAGUAAUGGGGCAUGCUGUCAUCUCACACCGUGUAUGCUUAAAGGUGGUAGUUAUCAUCACUCAAUACAGUGGAGACUAAACUGUUAUCAUGCAGCACCGGAGCCGGUGGUUAUCCUGGUAUCCAUGUUGUUAUCGCUUAAUGGGUGAGUUGAACAGUGAGACAAUCUUCAAAACAGUGAGUGUAUUCUUUAAAAAUCCUCUGAUGUUCUACUGCCUUGCUUUUUUCAUUUUAUUAGACACAAGAGACUUGGACAACACACUGGAGGGACAUGUCGCUUGAAAGUUUUUUCCAAGUUUGAUAGCACUUUGGCACUAUCGUGAUUUUUCUACUGCACUCCGUCCAUCAAAGCUAAUCUCUUGUGAUAUCUCAGACACCACUGGUCCUUGAUGAAACUUAAAGGGAUAAUAUAUAUUUUCAUUGCUGUUGAUUGUGGUAUAUAUUUUCAUUGUUUAAACUGUCACCAAACUUUGAAGGUUCACAUUUCUGAAUUUGAUGAAAGUUGGAGAGGUGACGUGUCUUCACACUUUGUUCUAGUAUUUUUUAAAAAUGCACUUUUUGGCCCAAUGAGCACACUUUAAUUAGGUAUCUCAAACACCCCAGACCACCCCAGACAAAAUUAAGUGGCAAUGCAUUUGGGAACUCCAUUUUUUGAAAGCAGUGAUGAUCUGAUUAGGCUGCUAAUAAUGGUUAAAAUUUCAAUUUUUGAAAGGCUGAACUAAAACUACUAGUCAGAAUUUGGAGGGAUGAUGCAUGUUGUGGUUGAUUGGCUCAAGGAGCGUCUACAUCAGUUGUGUGGGGCGACCUGUUUAUUGCUGCCUCAUUCCAGUUGUAAGCUGGAAACCUGUUUAGAGGCCAUCCAAACAUAUGGUGAGGAUGUCAUUAUUCUGUCGGUGACACAUCAAUUUGUAGCUAUAUUUGUCGUGUUCCCACCAGCUGGGGUUUGAAUCAGAAAAAAGAAAAGACAGUAUGCUAAUGUGCCAACUGGAGACUUACCCAUUUUAGAAACAACAUGUAUGGUGUACAAAGAAGAGUGGAGACUUAUACAUGCGAGAAACACCACAUGUGACAUUUCAGGACAUCCAGUAUAAAAUGUUGUGCAAUGAAACUGAACAAUUCAUCAAGCCAACCAUGCCAACCCCAAGGCUGUGUCCACACGGUGUUUUUGAUCAAAGAAAACUUUUGGAAAAUGCUGUCUGGAGUGGAAUAGGCUGUUUUGGUUUGCAGUGUGGACAGUGAAUUUGAAAACGUUAUUUUCAACAACUUGUAUUAAUUUGUGACGUUUAGGAGGAACUCAGCCUCCUCCUCUGUCCAUAUAAACCACUCAACCAUUGUUCAUUCCACUUCCUUUUCCCUACAGUUUUAGACAUUAUAAAAAUGUUUUUAACCCUAUUUGCUCUUGAGUUUGUAGCUAACUGGGAAAUGUCAACAAAAAGCUGCAGUCACAUGCUCACAUCACAAAUAUGUGCAUUUUUCCACUCUUGCAUGGAGAAAGAAUUUUCAAACGCACUCCCAUGUAGAUGGGCACAGAUAAGUUUGUGUUUUCAAAAAAUCCAUAUCCGUGUGGACACGGCCUAAGUCAUUUAGUUUUUAUGUAUUUCUAUCACUAUUUAUUGUAUUGCUUAAGUUAUUAACAAAAAUUUGUACUGCUUCUACUGCUUCUGUUGAGCAUAAAAAUGUUUGUGCAAUAUUAAAA